AUGUCAGGCUCCUUGGGACCUCCUGGGCACCACCUAUGUGUCCCUGGAGACCCUUCUAGGUGGACCUGGUGGUCCCUGUCACUACAGGGCCCAAGCAGCAUCCCUAUCUAUCCAAAGCUGGGUGCCACACUGAUGAACCUCAGAACAGAGGCAGGAAGCAGAGUCAUCCUCAAGUCGAACGCUGCUUCCUAUGUGGGUGCCCCAGUCCCCCCAGAUAGUCCCUACAAAAGAACGGAUCUUCCGGGUGACAAGAGCAUGAACAAAGAUCCCAGGAAGGAUAUCACGUUGCCUGUUGCUGACCUCAGAGCUCUUUUUGUUCUUGUAUGUCUUGCUGUUGUGGCAGUUGCUUGGCCAGUGACAUGGUCGCGGAGCUUCUGCACAGACUGUGUGCUCCUGCCUACCCUGGGGCCCUGUAAGCUUUGUUCUGAGGCACCCAACCUUCAGCCUGUCCCAGCAGAGGAGAGCAAGCCAACCCCAGGGAAAGUGCUGAAGUGCCCCACAGAGUCUGUACCCUCUCCUGAAGACCCCUCCUCUUCACAGGACAGUGCCCCUUUCACUGGUUUGGGAUCAGAAACUUUGAAUAUGGCAUCUGGUGACCUUGAAUGUAAAUCACUCGGUGAGAAAGAGACUGGGAGAUCAGUGGCAGCUGAGAUAGAGAUCGGAGGCUGCAGACCUACCCUUCACAGCUCCUCUGAGAGCAAGGCUGGCGCCAUGUUACCUCAGGUUCCUUGGGUGCUGAGUACCUUGUUCAUUGAUUACAUGGAGACAAGGUUGUGGAGUGGGUCCCCAGAACUGCUCUGGGAGAAGGCUGGUGGUAGUGAGCUGAGUGGAGAGGUGGAAAAUGGUGAGGUCACAUACAAGGAAGCCAAAGUGGAGCCUGAAACAAUAGAGGAACCUAAAAAAGAAAGUGUGGCAGGAGACCCCACUGUUAUCCCUGCGAAGUCAGUUAACAUCAAGCCAAGUGAUAACAUCUCUGUUAAUGAGAAGGAGGUGGAGGCUGAGUUUCUCAAAUUAUCCCUGGGCUUCAAGUGUGAUGGGUUCACCUUGGAGAAAAGAGUGAAGCUUGAGGAAAGAGCCCGUGACCUGGCUGAAGAAAAUCUGAAGAAGGAAAUUACCAACUGUCUGAAGCUUCUGGAGUCAUUAACACCACUUUGUGAAGAUGACAACCAGGCCCAAGAGGUCAUUAAGAAGCUGGAAAAGAGUAUAACCUUCCUUAGCCAGUGCACAGAACGUGUGGCAAGUCGAGCAGAGAUGUUGGGGGCCAUUAAUCAGGAAAGCCGGGUCAGUAAGGCUGUGGAAGUAAUGAUUCAGCACGUGGAGAACCUAAAGAGAAUGUAUGCCAAGGAGCACGCAGAGCUGGAAGAACUGAAACAGGUUCUUUUGAGAAAUGAAAGGUCUUUUAACCCUCUUGAAAAUGAAGAAGACUGCCAACUUAAAAAGCGCUCAGCUUCUCUAAACUCCAAGCCCUCUUCUCUCCGGAGAGUGACCAUUGCCACUUUGCCCAGAAACAUUGGCAACACAGGGAUGGUGACUAGCAUGGAGAACAGUGAGCGAUUCAACCGAAGGCCAAGCAGCUGGCGCAUUUUGGGCUCGAAGCAGAAUGAGCACCGGCCCUCCUUACAGCGAUUCAUUAGCACCUACUCCUGGGCUGAUGAUGAAGAAGAAAAGGGUGAACUCAAAACAAAAGAGGACUUAGACCCACCUGGAGAGGAGUCUGCAGAAGGAGCCAGGAGGUUGAGUGUUUGUGAGAAGAGAAAUCCACCCAGAUGGGACGUGUGGGCCAUCCCGGACAGGCUCACCUCAUGGGCAGCGCAGAUCAAGACUUCCAUCUGCAAUGCCAAGUCUCCCUGGCUCUCUGUGGCCUUUGUGGUCCUGUUUGCUGCUCUGAUAAGCUUCCUGAUGGGCCAGUUCUUCCAGAAGUCUGUGGAUGCUGCUCCCACACAGGAUGGGGACUCCUGGAUGUCUCUGGAACACCUCCUGUGGCCAUUUACCAUCCUCCAGCACCACAGACCACCCCCGGUGUGA